AUGGCGAUCUCUAUGUCAAUUCCCAAGAACAUUACGAAACACCAUUAUUUUCACCAUGCUCACCCUUCAGCAGCAGCUAAACAGGCAGCCAAAAAUGCUAUGGCAAAGAAAGAAUCGAUAGAUAAGAAGCCUGUAAAGUAUGUCCCUAAAGACUCCAAUGCUAAAACGAAUGCUCAUCUAGAACGUGUUAUUCAAUCAGUCAACGAUGCUACCAAGAGACUAUCUCAACAGGAUUCUCAAUUCAGCACAAGUACAGACACAAAGUCAUCAAAGAGAAAAUCAAGAGACACUGUCGGUCCAUGGAAACUAGGGAAGACUUUGGGAAAAGGAUCAUCUGGAAGAGUUCGUCUGGCCAAGAAUAUUGAAACAGGUCAACUGGCUGCUAUAAAGAUUGUUCCAAAGAAACAUAAAUUGUUUAUGAAAAGUUCACAUUCCAAUGUCUCAUUCUUUUCUGCUGCUUCUAACUCAAACUCUAAUAUUUCAACCUUAGCAACUUCUCCUCCAAUGAAUAAUGGAUCCGAGAAAAACCAGCCCAAUCCUUAUGGUAUUGAACGAGAAAUUGUAAUCAUGAAACUUAUAUCUCAUCCUAAUGUUAUGGCGUUAUAUGAGGUCUGGGAAAAUAAAUCUGAAUUAUAUUUAGUAUUAGAAUAUGUCGAUGGCGGAGAAUUAUUCGAUUAUUUAGUCUCCAAGGGAAAGCUAUCCGAGAAGGAGGCAGUUCAUUAUUUCAAGCAAAUUAUUCAAGGGGUAUCAUACUGUCAUUCAUUUAAUAUUUGCCAUCGUGACUUGAAACCGGAAAAUUUGUUGUUAGAUAAAAAGAAUAAAUCAAUUAAAAUAGCUGAUUUUGGAAUGGCUGCAUUAGAACUACCCAACAAAUUAUUACAAACUUCAUGUGGGUCUCCUCAUUAUGCAUCCCCAGAAAUUGUAAUGGGUAAGUCUUAUCAUGGUGGCCCCAGUGAUGUGUGGUCUUGCGGUAUUAUCCUUUUUGCCUUACUUACCGGUCAUUUACCUUUCAACGACGAUAAUAUUAAGAAGUUGCUUUUGAAAGUCCAAGCUGGAAAAUUCCGUAUGCCAAGCACUCUAUCCCCUGAAGCCCAAGAUCUAAUCUCUAGAAUACUGGUUAUUGAUCCUUCCAAAAGAAUAACAACGGAUAGAAUUUUGAAUCACCCAUUGAUCUUAAAAUACGAACCAGCGGGCAAAAAUAUGGUUAGCGGUAAAUCAAAUUCGGAUUUACAUGUUUUGGAACACAUAUCACCUCAACCUAUCAGUUUGACUUCAAGAAAUGAUAUUGAUGCCUCUAUAUUAAAGAAUUUACAAAUUUUAUGGCAUGGAACCUCAAGAGAAUUAAUUAUCGCUAAACUAUUACAGACUCCAAUGUCUGAAGAAAAGCUGUUUUAUUCUCUCUUGUGGCAGUAUAAACAACGUCAUACUAUCCAACCAAUAAAACAGAAGGAGCAGACAUCGUUACCUGUUCCUAAGAUGAUAUCAUCUCUUUCGCAUACUCCGCUGGUGGCAAAAUUGCAACAUGCAAAAUCAGAUACCUCUAAAAUAGUUAUUAUCAAUGAACAAGACGAAACUGAAGUUGAAGAAGGAGACAAAGAGAAUAAAGAAAAUAAUACGCCGAAGCUAUUACAAAAACCACAAUUUAGUAUUCCUUCAUUGAACCAAACCAAAAAUUCAGAGCACAUUGAGGAACUACCAUCAUUGCCACCAGCUGUUCCUAUUUUUACAGCUUCAUCUUCAAGAAGUUUUAGUAGGUCUUUUUCAACUACAUCGUUGCAUUCUAAGAAACUCAUGUCAACGUCUACAUCGAAGAAAUCUAUAUCUAAAUCGGCAUCUAAGAGAACCUUGAGAGUAUCAGCAUCUAAGGGAAAUUUACACAAAUCCUUAUCCAAGAAAUCGCUUGCAAUUCCUAAUAAAAGAAGAACAUUACAUAACUCUGAAUCCAAGAGAUCAUUAUAUUCGCUUCAAUCAAUCUCCAAGCGUUCCAUAAAUCUUAACGAAUUUGUUGCCGAAGAUAUUCCUUUACCAGCUAAUUCAGUGAACGUACUUAAAGGUUCUGCAUCAUCUAAAUCGUUAAGCUCGAACAAUGACUUCGAAAUAUUGUGCGAACAGAUUUUAUUUGGAAACGCAUUAGAUAAAAUUAUGGAAGAAGAAGAAGAAAGAGAAGAGAUAGAAGCUAAUAAGGAUGGUAAUGAAGUCUCUCCUACAAAUUUAAUCCAAAGUGAUGAAACUGUUAUUAAAAAUUCUGAUUUUCCAACAACUGAACAAACAACUACUACUCCUAGCAAUGUCUUCAUGAAUGCAUCUAGUGUUUCAAUGGACACGUCCAUGGAAAGAGAAAACAAUUAUCCUGAUAUGAAACCAAUGUUUGCUCUCUCUGGCCCAGCUUUAAAUGAAAAUAGCCCACUAGCUUCUAUUUUAAAUCGGAAUAGAAACCCAACGAAACAAGAAACAACGACCAGAGUGCCACUUAAGGAUGUUACCAAUCGUCCAGAAUUUAACGAGAUGUACAAGAUAGAUAAAUCUAACUUCUCUAAAAAUGCGGAGCAGCUGCAGCAAAAGAAGAAUAGCAUACCGGGGGACUACAAUCUUCGAAUCACUUCUGAACCUCCAGUUUCUGACAAAUCGCACUCAUUAGAUCCUCGUAGAAAUUUUUCUCAACCCAAUGGAGUAGAUGUGCUUGAAAGCAUGUUGAAAAUGCUGAAAUCAAAACCUGCAUCGAAUAAAAAAUUGAAGGAUUAUGAAAACGUACCAUCAUCUACUUCACAACCACCAUUAAAAGAGGAAACUAUUUUGCAGAAUACAGCAUCUGAACUUCAACCGACGGUAACAAACAAUUCUGAUUCGGAUCCUAGUGUCUUGGCACAAUCAAGCAUAAUCCACAAUCCAUUAUUAUCAUUACCUUCUGGUUUAUUGAAUUCAUCAAUGACAUUUAAGAAUUUGAAUCAAUUUUUGACAGAUGAAUCUGAUGGAGCUGAGCUACUACCUGAAUCAAAAACCUUAAGUAGGCUACGAUCUUCCACUCUACGUAGAACACAAUCUAGGACAAAACUGAGCGAGAUUCUCGUUCAAGAAAAUGACGGAGGACAUAAACACACAAUAUCAUCUACGAGUAACGCCGAUUCUGAUUUUAACGAAUUUUCUGAUUUAAGCUUUGCCAUGGACAUUCAACCUAAGAUAUUUAAAGCCCAGGCUGUGCAAAUAACAAAUAAUGGCAAUAUUGAUCACCCUCUAAAACAAUAUAACCAUGAUAUUAGAAUCCAUACCCCAACAGCAAAUGAUUCCGCUAUUAACAUCUUUGAAGAUCCCUUGGCUGACUCUAGCUCAUAUGAGACGACAUCAACCGAAAGUUUAUCUGAUAGAAAUGUUCCAAAGAAAGCUGUCUCAAUUGAUACUCUAAAUACCACCAACGUUAUGACAUCACCAGCUGACGUACGAGUUAGUUUGUAUGUAAAUAAUCAGCAGACCUCUGCGAAUGAUCUACCAAGAGAAACCACAGAAGAAAUAAUCUCCAAGUUUAAACUGUCUCCUGAGAAACCUACAUCAAUUGAGAAAAGGUUCUCAGACCUGUUAAAGCCAAGUAAUAUAUCUACGAUAUCAGAAGGUGCUGCGUCAAUGUUCAAAGAUCUUGAGGAAGAGGAAAGUAGCAUACAAAGUAACGUUUUGCCCAUAGCUAAGGGAGCACAAAGAUCGAAGAGCGUUUAUACUAACAAUAAAGAUCCUGAGAACAGAGUUACUAUGUUAUUUGAUGAAGAAGAGUAUGAUUGCAGAAAAAACGUUGAACAACUUUACAAGGAGGACGUUGAGAAUUGCAUAAUUGAAGAGGAAGAAGAAGGAGGAGAACUAAACAUUAAGAGGAAACAAUUACCCAACGAGUCUGCGAAACUUGAAGUGGAUAAGGAGAAAAAAGCAACAAAACUUCCAACUGUAACGAAGGAUACCAAAAAGGAGAGCACCAAGUUCGAAAACCGUCCAUCGUCCUAUAGUAAGCAGAAUUGGUUUUCUAAGCUUUUCGAUGGAUUCAAAACCCACUCAACAGGUAAUAAAAUUGCCAUAGACCAUAUGACCUCUAUUCCAUUCGAUGACGUUCAUAUGAUUACUUUGAGCGAGUUUGGGAAGGGCGGUAUUGACUACCAACUGAAGAAAUUAGAUAGAAAAGGAUCCAGGGAAAAUGUGGAGUAUGAUUGUAACUUUGUAAAAGGAAAUUUUAAGUUCAAAAUCAAGAUCGUUGGUACAGGUGUCUCUCGCAGCGAGCAAAAAGGGUCCACUUUAAUUACUAUCAAGAGAAGAGGAAGAAAUACUAAUUCUCACUCAGAGGCCAGUUUUAAAACAUUUAAUAAUGACAUAACUAGGAUCCUUAGAGAAAUGGAAGCAACAAGAGCCUGA